GAGGAGUCGCUCUGUCCAGGCGGCGUGGUGUGGCGCGACCGCCGGGGCCACGGGUACGAGCGCCGCACGGAACCACCACUCCCAGAGCAGCCGGGGCCCCCCAUCUCCGCCUCGCCGCGCUCUCAGGAGCCGAGCACUACAACUCCCGGCGUGCCGUGAACUGGACUGCCGAGCUUCUGGGGCGGCGUCCAGCCGUCCCGCCCACCCCGCUCGCCCGCUGCGUCCCCGCUGCUGCCCCCGCAGCGCGCGGAGCCGGGACGCGAGUCAUGGAGGAGACGCCGCCCCCAGGCUGCAGCAAGCCGCACCUGGAGAAGCUGACCCUGGGCAUCACCCGCAUUCUAGAAUCUUCCCCAGGUGUGACAGACGUGACUAUCAUAGAAAAGCCUCCUGCUGAACGUCAUAUGAUUUCCUCAUGGGAACAAAAAAAUAACUGCACGCUACCUGAGGAUGUGAAGAAUUUUUACCUGAUGACCAACGGCUUCCACAUGACAUGGAGUGUAAAGCUGGAUGAGCACACCAUUCCACUGGGCAGUAUGGUUAUUAACAGCAUCUCAAAACUGACUCAACUCAACCAGUCUUCUGUGUAUUCACUCCCUAAUGCACCAACUCUGGCAGACCUGGAGGAUGAUGCACUUGAAGCCAGUGAGAACCAGCCAGAGAAGCCUCACUUUGAUUCUCGAAGUGUGAUAUUUGAGCUGGAUCCUUGCGAUGGGAAUGGGAAAGUUUGCCUUGUCUACAAAAGAGGGAAGCCAGCAUUGGCGCAAGACGCUGAGAUUUGGUUCCUGGACAGAGCGUUAUACUGGCAUUUUCUCACAGAUACCUUUACCGCUUACUAUCGCCUGCUCAUCACACACCUGGGCCUGCCACAGUGGCAGUACGCCUUCACCAGCUACGGCAUUAGCCCACAGGCCAAGCAAUGGUUCAACAUGUAUAAACCCAUCACCUACAACACAAACCUACUCGCAGAAGAGACCAACUCCUUCGUGAACAAGCUGGAUCCCAGCAAAGUGUUCAAGAGCAAGAACAAGACCUUAAGCCCCAAAAAGAAAGGGCCUGUCCAGCCUGCAGGUGGCCAGAAAGGGCCCUCAGGUCCUCCUUCCACCUCUAAAUCCUCUUUUAGUCCUGGAAACCCUGUCCGCAAAUGAGCACCUCCACAUCCCUGCCAGCCCCACAGCGAUGAUUUCCAUGCACAGAUGGCCCAAGCCUCCGAUUCUGUGUGUGGCACCACAGGCCUCUUUUGCCGUCUAAGUGAGCCAAAUCCUAGUCCUCUUACUCCUGUUGGCAUUAGCCAGGAGUUCAAGGGCAUUCUCAGGUCUCCCCCAGAGUCCUUUCCUCACCCCCAGCCUCCAAAAGCUGUGGAGAGCUUCAGAACUUACUAAGUAGCUAAAUAAUCUGUUCAGGGCUUUCCCCUCUCCCCACCCCCACUCCUCUGCAUCCCUCAGCCGUGAUUAGAGAAGGCCCCUGAGGAAAUCGCUGGUUUUGACCCAUGAGACAUUAGAACUGUAUUCUUCAGUUAGUAACCACUAGCCACAUGUGGCUGUUUAUAUGAAAAAUUCAGUUCCUCAAUUGCAUUAGCCAUGUUGUGAGUAUUCAUAUGACUAGUAGAUUCUGUAUUAGACAACACAGAGAUAAUGGAACAUUUCCAUCAUCACAGAAAGUUCUGUUGGGCAGCACUGUGUUAGAAUAUUUUCAUGCUGCCCUUUCUUGGUUCAUUUUUGUUAGAAAAUGUGGAUACCUUAAUUUGAUGGGUCAUAAUGGUCCAUGAAAAUUCUUGAGAAUACAAUUGUACAUGUUCUUUUUAUUUUUCAUAAGUAAUUCUCUGCUCCCUUUUCAGAUUGCUAUAAUUUUUUUUUAAGAGGAAGUGAUCUGCUGUACUUGAACCGUUUAAAAACAAAAACUCCCAAGUAUUGUCUACAGGACUCUUCAUAAAGAAUUUUGGUAAAACCACUGUUGACAAGAGCUUUCCACCUGCUCUGCCUUCUAACUGCUUCCAACAAUUCAUGGAGUGGCAGAAAGGGACAAAGAGGGACCAAGCUGUCAAGGAUGAGAGCUGAAGUCUUAGUCUUUUAGAAAUAUUUUUCUUCCAAAACCGAUCAAACCAAAGGGAGAACCAAUAGCACCAGAUAAGUGAUUCCAGCCUGUGGCUGCUACUCCAAAACAAGUCAGGGUCAGAAGGGGAUUGAGAAGUCCUGUCAUCCUCUCCUGUGGCAAGCACCCUUCCUCUAGUGCUUGUUGAGUCCCCUGAGGUACUUUGAAGUCAGGCCUGGCCCCGUUCUGCUUUCCACAGGUGAGGCAGCAGAAGACCCAGGAGGGCAGCAGAGCCCUUCACAUCAGCAGGAGCCCUCUUAGGAUAUAGCAGAGGAUGGGGGUUCUGGUGAGGAAAGGAGAGCAUGAAGACUCGGGCAGCUAGCUGAUGUGUAGGACCCAGCACAGAAGAUGUCCAGAAAUUAGGAAAAUAGUACCAUUAAAGGCACUGAAAUGUUCUCCCUUUCUUCCAUGGUCUCUCACAUCUUGUUAUGGUGGAUUUUUAUUUUCUACUUAAUACUGUUCUAAGUAACGAAAAAUUUAAAUUCUAAAUUAUUAGCAUUAACUUUAUUCAUCUUUGUAUUAUGCAAUUCCAGUUUUAAACUACAACUAGAAGGGCAGUGAACUCGUGUAGAAUCAUCAAAAUUAGAUAAUUUGCAUUUCAUAGUUUAUGUGCACAUAUUGUACGUAUAUGUAUUUUGUCCUUACUAGAACACUGGAAACACUGCCAAAACAAAACAAAACAAAAAAACCUAUCUCAAUUAUUCACUUCUUCGUAUGUACACAUUCUUAUUCUUUCAGCUUACUAAUGAGUAAGGAAGGACUGAAAGAACUAUGGGCUGCCUUUUGUUUUCGUUUUUUCUUGUCAUCAUACUCAGCAUAAGUGGAUGGCUAAUGAAGUGAGUAAAUGGCUAAUGACAUGAGUACAAUAAAAACUUUAAAAAAAAGUAACAUGAGUAAAAAAG